UCUCAGCCGCCCGCCAUGACGACCGCGUCCCCCUCGCAGGUGCGCCAGAACUACCACCAGGACUCGGAGGCCGCCAUCAACCGCCAGAUCAACCUGGAGCUCUAUGCCUUCUACGUCUACCUGUCCAUGUCAUACUAUUUUGACCGCGAUGAUGUGGCUUUGAAGAACUUUGCCAAAUACUUUCGUCACCAAUCUCGUGAAGAAAGGGAACAUGCUGAGAAACUGAUGAAGCUGCGGAACCAGCGGGGUGGCCGAAUCUUCCUUCAGGAUAUCAAGAAACCAGACCGUGACGACUGGGAGAAUGGGCUGAACGCAAUGGAAUGUGCGCUACACUUGGAAAAAAAUGUGAAUCAGGCACUACUGGAACUGCACAAACUGGCCACUGACAAAAAUGACCCCCAUUUGUGUGACUUCAUCGAGACUCAUUACCUGAAUGAGCAGGUGAAAUCCAUCAAAGAAUUGGGUGACCACGUAACCAACUUGCGCAAGAUGGGGGACCCCGGAUCUGGCAUGGCAGAGUAUCUCUUUGACAAGCACACCCUGGGAAGCAGUGAUAGCGAGAGCUAAGCCUUAGGCUGGCUUCCCGUAGCCACAGGGGUGACUUCCCUGGUCACCAAGGCACUGCAUGCAUGUUUGGGUUACCUUUACCUUUUCUAUAAGUUGUACCAAAACAUCUACAAGUUCUUUCCUUAGUACCAUUCCUUCAAAUAAAGUAAUUUGG